AUGCUGAGCGGAGAUCUGGUGGCCGUGUGGGAGGUGGCGCUGAGUGACGGCGUUUACAGGAUUGAGUUUGCUCAUGGCACCACCACCGGAAAACGCAUUGUUUACGUCAACGGCCAGGAAGUCAUCAAGAAAGACUGGAUGUUCAAGCUGGUUGGAAAGGAAACCUUCACAGUCGGGGGGGCGAACACUAAAGCCACCAUAAACAUCGAGGCCAUCAGCGGCUUCGCCUACGAGUACACGCUGGAGAUGGACGGGAGGAGUCUGCAGAAGUUCGUCGACAACAGAGCCAAGACCACCAAAACCUGGCUGCUCCAAGUGGACGGAGAGGACUGCAGGGUCGUUCUGGAAAAGGACACAAUGGACGUUUGGUGCAACGGACAGAAAAUGGACACGAUGGGAGAGUUUGUAGACGAUGGCACGGAGACACACUUCUCGCUGGGGGCACACGAGUGCUGCAUCAAGGCUACGAGCAGUGGGAAGAAAAGGAGUGGCAUUGUGCACUAUUUACUGCUGGAUGGAGAGAAAAUUCCAGCUUCUACACAAUAGUGCCGCACCUGACUGUUGGAAGAGUGCUGAACUUUCAAAGAGACACUAUGAAUGAGGUAUUUGCAUGUGACACACAAAUGCCGGGCAGUAUCGCUGUGCUUUAUGAAGAGGGAUCAAAACUGUUUGUUUUUGAUCAUUUAGUCGGUUCGUAUUGUAGAUUUAGAAAAAACACAGAUGCAAAUAUAUUCAUGCAAAUGUAGCAAAUAAA